UUGAUUAUAUCUACUUAUGUUUGUUGUGAUCAAUUUAUUGUGUUGCAGAUUGACUUAACCUCUCAUAUUGUGAAGGUUUUCUUGGCGUUAAAGGUAUGGAUUGUUCUGUAUUGUUGGAUUUUCUGUGUGGUAAAUUGAACCCAGUUUGUAAAAAUUUCAAAAGUUUGAUGGAUUAGGAAUAAAUUUUAAAUCGUUGUCAUGGUUUGAUUUACAAAUGGAUGAUCAUGAUUAAUUUUUGGGUUUAAUUUAGUUGUUGAUGAUUGUGGAUGAGUUGUGAAACUUAUUUUCUAUUAUGUUAUCUGUGCCUGUUAUGAUGUUCUUAUCUUGAUUAUAUUUGAUUGAGGUCAUGAUGAUUUAUGGGGUUUUUUUUUUUAUAAAUAUGAUCCAUGUCUGAGCGUUCUGGUUAGCAGGCCUACUUAGUUGAAUCAGCUAAGUUUCAUGUCUGACAUCGACGUACAGCUUCCCACUGCCUUUGGUAUGUUUUCUGUUAAUUCAUAACUCAUUUGAGUCUGUUUGUGCACUUGAAUGCAUGCCUGUGUACCUAGAUGCCCGAGAGAUCAUUUUUUUUAAUUGAAUUCAAUUGGGUAAGUUUUUUAAUUGAAAACCUGGGUACCUAGAUGCUCUAAAGAUCAUUUUUCAGUCAUCGGUACAGGACUGUUAUAAUUUAGUAGUUGUGCAGUUUGAGAAUUGGUGUGUAGUUGUCUGUGGAAUUCAAACAAUUUAAAGGUUACCGCAUUCACAUCUCAUAAGGAGAUAUUGACAUAGAUAAAUGCAGUAGAUUAAUGAGACCAUCUAAAAAUAUGCACUGCAUUCUGUCACAAGUCAUUUUAAUAACAUUUAUAAUCUCAUUUGUCAUGCUAAAAUUUUGGGCCUCUUUCUUUUAAAUUUUUCUGCGUACCGAGUGUGAACAUUGUUGAUAAUGUCAUUGUUUACAAUUCAGUCAGUGGACAGAACCUAGGGAAAGCGUGAAAGAGUAUGCAGGUAAUUCCUUUGUUUUGGGUGAGUCUCAAUUAACCAGUGCAUAUAGUUUGGUUCAUUCUGGCACUACUCAUUCUAAUAACAUUUAUAAUCUCAUAUGUCAUGCAAAAAAAUUUUAGGCCUCUUUCUUUUAAAUUUUUCUGCGUACCGAGGGUAAACAUUGUUGAUAAUGUUGUUGUUUACAAUUCACAGUCAGUAGACAGAACCUAAGGAAAGAGUGAAACAGUAUGCAUUUAUUUCCUCUGUUUUGCGUGAGUCUCAAUUGGCCAGUGCACCUAUAUUUGAUAAUACAAUUUAAUACAUAAUUCGAAUGGAUCAAGGACUUUUUAUUGUUGAAAUGUUUGACUGAAGCUUUUAGACUCGAUCAAAUAACCGUUUAUAAGAGAUUAAGACACAUGUAGGACCUGUUGUAAAAGAAAAAUAAACAAAGGUGAAAUCAUUGCUACAAUUAUAAUUUGGAGAGAGUCCACUCAGCGUCCGAGUCCGACGGUUCGUGGCAAACUGAAAUCAUUUGCUCUUCCUCUUCGGCCUUCCGUCUCCGCCGCUCUGGUUGCUUUGCUGUGUAAGUAACACAACGACGGAGAAGCAGCCAAAUGGCGCAAGCUAAAGAGUCCACGUCGUCGGGUCCGCUGACCCAACCCGACUUUGAAGAUGUUUCCAGGUCUCCGCCAAGCUCCCCCAACUCCUCCACUCGCAAGGCCUGCUAUGCAGUGCUUCAGAGUUGGGUCUCCAAGAAAUUCAUGACUGGAUGUAUGGUUCUCUUUCCUGUCACUGUUACGUUCUUCAUCACUUGGUGGUUUGUUCAGUUUGUAGAUGGUUUUUCCAGCCCAAUAUAUGCCAGGCUUGGGGUUAGCAUAUUUGGCCUAGGAUUUGUUACAUCCCUACUUUUUAUAUUCUUGAUUGGUAUUUUUGCUUCAUCAUGGAUGGGUGAGACAGUUUUCUGGAUUGGAGAAUGGUUCAUAAAACGAUUGCCCUUUAUGAAGCACAUAUACUCGGCCUCUAAACAGAUUAGUUCUGCGAUCUCUCCAGAUCAAAAGACCACUGCUUUUAAAGAGGUUGCAAUUAUCCGUCAUCCUCGACUUGGUGAAUAUGCAUUUGGUUUUAUAACAUCAUCUGUAACCCUUCAGAGGGAUGAUGGAGACGAGGAGUUGUGUAGUGUUUAUGUCCCAACAAACCAUCUGUACAUUGGCGAUAUUUUUCUUGUCAAAUCUGAAGAGAUCAUACGACCAAUGUCAGUUCGGGAAGGCAUAGAGAUCAUAAUCUCAGUUGGUAUGACGAUGCCACAAGUGAUUUCCCCAAUUGAAAGGUUUCCUCAUCAGAGUGACAGGAUUCCACCGAACAGAAUGGCAUCCCUUUAAAAACAAAUGAUACGGAGAGCUUAUAGGACAGGCGCAGAUGUACGCAACAUGGUAUGUUCCUCAUACGGUAACUGCUCUGCUUGCUCACAAAACACGGCUAGACAUGAGGACAUGAGAAAACAUGAGAAAACAUGAGAAGAGCUUUAUUUGUUUGUUCAUGGAUUUGUGGCUAGGGUUUGCAUUUUGAAUUUCGUAUUGUAUAUUUCACUGCUAUGAUGUAUAUUCAGUAUACCUUUAAUGUUGAAAUGAAAUAUAGAAAUGCUGUUAUGAUGAUUUCA